GAUAUAACCGAUCGGCGGGUACGCACUCGCGUUAUAGCGCCCGAGAUACGUCCCGGGGGCAGGAACUCGGCCCGAUUUUUCGCCCGACGUUCAAUUUCGCGCGCGAUCGCGCGCGCGCGCGCCCGCACGCACGCGGAAGCCUUCCUAUCCGACCCCGUGACGACGUAUAUAUAUAUAUAUACGCUUUCACGAGACCUCGCUCGCCGCCUAUAGCUCGCCCGUAAGCGCACGCGAUUGACGAGUGUUACCCGCGUGUCGAAUCGUACGCGACGACGGCACCAUGAUCGCCGCGAUUUUCGUAAUCUUCCUCGCGCUCGACCUGAGCGACGCGGCAUCGAUCGCGCAUGUCACCCGCCACCACGCCGCCUCCUCCGGACCGGCAGAUCUCUGCGACAGCCAAGUUUACUGCGAUGGACCGCUGUUGCAUACGGUGCAGCUUGCUGGAAUUUUUAACGACAGUAAAACCUUCGUGGACCUUUACCAGCUACACGAUCCAAAUGUAACGGUCGAAAACUUCAAUGCUUUAAUGAACGCUACCAAUAACUCCCCUAAUCGCACCGAGAUUGCUGCGUUCGUUGCGGAAAACUUUGCUAUGCAGGAUGAACUGGAAAAUACGACGUUGCCGGACUGGAAAGAAAAACCCCCCAUUCUGAAAUCUAUCAAUGAUCCCCAGUAUCAAGAAUGGGCGAAACGUUUGAACUACAUUUGGAAGACGCUGGCGAGGAAGAUAAAUGACAACUUGGUGAUAAAUCCGCAGCGACACAGCUUGAUCUACGUGAACAACACCUUCGUCAUUCCCGGUGGACGAUUUAAAGGUGAUUGUCAGCGCGUCGCAAAGUAUUAUGACUACACGCACGAUGAGAAAUUUCUAAAGAAAAACAUAGCACUCCUCGAAAAGGAGUUUGAGUAUUGGCAAAAUAAAAAGACGGUGAAUGUAAAGAAGAACGGUAGGACGUACAGGAUGGCGCAUUACGUAGUAAACAGCCGCGGACCUCGACCGGAGAGUUACAAGGAGGAUUAUCAGCUGGCGCAACAAGUGCCGGAGCAGAAGCGCGGGGCGCUUUACAACAACUUGAAAGCCGCAGCGGAGAGCGGUUGGGACUUCUCCUACAGAUGGUCCAUAGGGACUAACAAAGGCGCCAAACUCAGCCUCGUCAACGCCUCUACGAGCGACAUCAUACCCGUCGAUCUGAACGCGAUGUUACAGCGGAACGCCAAGAUGCUCGCCUAUUUCCAUUUUGUUCUGGGAAAUACGAAGAAAUUACAGCAUUACAACAAGAUUGCCUCAGACUAUCAAACUGCCAUCGACAACGUAUUGUGGAACGAGAAUGAGGGUACCUGGCUGGAUUACGACACGAGAAAUAAGCGGUCCAGGAAUACAUUCUAUCCAUCAAAUCUGACGCCUUUAUACACCAUGAGCUACAAUCUAGAGAAGAGAAUUAAAUAUGCCCUGCGAACCAUUUCUUAUCUCAAGAAAAACAAGAUCGAUUCGUACUUCGGUGGCACGCCGACUUCUAUGAACUACACUGGCGAACAAUGGGACUUCCCGAAUGCGUGGCCACCGUUGCAAUCCUUCCUGAUUCUGGGUCUCCAGCAAACAAAAGUGAAAGAGGCGGUCGACUUGGCCGAGACUCUGGCCGACAGGUGGCUCAGAUCGAAUUACCUCGGUUACGACGAGUACGGCAAGAUGUUCGAGAAGUAUAACGCAAUACACCCAGGCGAGGGCGGCGGCGGCGGUGAGUACAACGUGCAGGAAGGCUUUGGAUGGACGAAUGGCAUCGUGUUCGAAUUGCUCCGUCUCUUCCCGAACGCUAAGUCUACGGAUGACAUUGGGUACGACGACGGCAACAGUAUUGAUAGAUAAUACACGUGACAGAUCAAUAGCUAAAAUUGACUUCGUAAAAGUCAAAAUAAUAUUAGUCAUAAAAAAAGAAAUAAGUGGAAGGGAAAUCGAUACGGAAUUUUUGAUCCGUGUCAAUUUCCUCGAAAUUGAAUUCUUAAUUCUUAAAUUAGAUCGAUCAGCUAGAGCACGUUUUCCUUGUGUUAAUUUAACGUUAAUUUCUUUUAUAGACACCUUCACUACAGUCUUUCACUUCGUAAAAUUUUUGUGUUUUUUGCAAUUGUAUGUUCCUUUCACGAUGUUAUUAAAAAUACAGUGGUUUUUUUCUUUGCGAACAUUUAAUGAAACCUCAUUAAUCUUUAUAUAUAUAAACAAUAGAAAUAAUCUACGGAAAUCAUAGUUUCUUUAAACAAAGUUUAAUAUUAACUUAAAAAAGCAAUUACCAAAUAAUUGAUUCGGACUACGUUUCUGUUAAAAUUCCAUUUUUAUAACAAACACAAAACCUUUUUAUCAUAAAAAUUAUCUAAAUAUGUUUGAGAACGAAAUGGGAUUUAAGUAUUAAAUAUUUGUUAUUAAACACUUAUUGAUAAGCGUAAACAACGGAGAAGCAGAAAAGAGCAUUUCGUAACGAAUCUAGUCCACAAGAAAAACUAGGGCAGCAAUUAAGCAUACCCUCUGUAUUCUUAUCGAAGAGUACUCUUUCGUACUCUAAAUUACAGUAAAUCUAAAUUACAGUAAAUUUAAAUGGCAGUAACUUUUACGAGACCACAAAGAACUCGAAUCGACGCAAAUAGUUGUAACUAACAGGGAGACGUUUUUCGUUAUUAUCUUUUGUUUUGUCAUUUUCUUUACCGAUUUAUAAUACAUAUAAAAUUGAAAUGCAAAGAUGUAGGUAUGUUGAGCGUCUGCUACUACGUAGCGAGCAUUUGUAUCGUCGGAUUUAAAGGCGAAUAAAUAUAAGUUUUCGUCCUCAUAUUGCGUUACAAACUGCAAUCGUUAAUUUACCCCGUUUGUAGCGUGCAAUCGAAAACUCUGUUUCGAAAACUGCUAUAACACGGAGAUUACGAUUACGCGAGGAUUUAUGGGUGAAUGGACAUUUAAAAUGUUUAAAACCAUGGAAAUCUAUGUUAUUACUUAUAGUUCGCAGCGUGCCAUUAUUUGAAUGUGUCACGCACGAGUGUCUCGCCAGCACAUUUUUCUGGGUCGAAUUAUACUAUUUCACCAAUUCUGUUUUGCAAGAAAAUAAAUAACUUGUUAGUUUCGCACUUAUAUUGCACAUUGAUGUAACACUCUGUUAAAUAAACACAAAUAAAUGAU